AUUUGGCAACACUGCCAUCUUGUUAUUACUUAUGCUAAGAAGUAAACAAAAGGCGUCCAAUGUCUGUAUUUUCCUAAUAAAAGCCAAUGGAGGAUUGGAAAUCGGAGGAAAUGGCAAGGAAAAGAAACAGAAACAGGAGCAAGCACCGCAGACGAAGGCAAAAGAGUGAAGGAAAGCCGAAGCCACACACAUCUCGAGAUCAGUGGAGCAAUGCGGUUCAAAUAUACCACAGCCUUUUUGAAUGGCACCACAAUCAUGUUAUGAGUCUCUGCCCUGAGGUUAAUCCGAAUCUGGAUCAGGACCUCCAGGAUAUUCCCAAGGAAACAGGAACAUUGCACUGCCUGGACUACGUCUACGAGAGUUCCUCCGAGGAUGAGGAGAUCGAACCCAUUGACGAGGGUUAUCUGAAGUUCCUCGAGGUGACCAUUAAGCAUCAGCAGGAACUCAGGGAACGAAGAACUGCCCAAACCACCGACUCUUUAGAUUAGAAUUAUGGUAAAACAGGUGUUUACGCAGAUGAAAACCUACAGUUCAAUUUCAACUGGUAAUGACCUAAAAAUUGUAUCUUAAGUGAAAUGUUCUAAUUUAAGCUGAAGUUUAUAAGUUUGGUAUUUGUUUUGGUAAGCAGAAAAUGUACCUUUUAUAGGGGAUAUUUUUUAUAUGUAUUAAGUAUAUGUGAAUGUUUUGAUAA